CUGCGAUACACUGCACUGGAGAGAUUGCAUGGGACACAGAGCUUGUCAAGACACAUAUAACCACGUCCAGCUCCUCGCCGGUUCACACUUACCUCUUUUCUCGCCUCAAGCACUACCACUCAUAUAGCUUUCUGCGAAAAGGCAUUUGAAUCAGGUAUCUCAAUCAUGAAGAUCCCAUCAAUUGUAGGCCUAGCUAUCACGCUAACUAUGCGCGCGGCCGCCGACUUCAAUAUCGUCGGGCCCUUCGCGCUCCGAGUCACGCCUAAGACGAGUUCGGGUGUUGAUGGCUACCUAUGGGCAUGCCACGCAGGCGCAGCCACCGAGGGCCUCUGCUACGCCGCUGGCGCAGGCGCCGUCAGCGGCUCCGUGUACGAGUUCUACUACAACUACACGUUCGACGAGGGGGCCAUUUACCCGGGAUACAUCAGCUAUGUCUUCCCGUACCAGGGUGCCGACGGAAGUUUAGUCAAGGUGCCCUCGUUCCUGCAGUUGUAUCCUAGUUAUUCGAGCAAUGUCAAUCUGGCGCUCAUCCCGCCUGGCUCAGACGACGGGACUUCCAUCUCGCUGGACGAGGACUCGGGAUUGUUCUACAUGGGCUUGCAGCACGACGACACCCGCUGGAAUUCGACGAUUCCUAUCCCCGAGACACCCAGGAAUGUCUCUAAUUUCCACGUCUGUUACCAGUGGACUGGAGGCUACUGGUACCGCUCUCUGGCGUGGGUGUCUGGAUACGAAGGGGCUUCGCCGCAGAAUCCGUCUUGUGAGCCUGUCAACUUGGGUAUUGAGUCGCUUGGUUCUUCAUGAAUUGUUGUCGGUUUUGUGACGUUAGCGCUUGGCAGAUAGGGGCUUAAGCUCAAGCGUGAACGGGAUACUAAGACAUCAGGGGUGACCGGUGACCAACACAGAGCUGCAGGCAGGCCAACAUCUUCGCACAUGCAUG